AUCUUAUUUGAGGAGAUUUGGAGUGAGGGUGAAGAGUUAUCGGAGAGAGAGCAGAGACGAAGUGACAGAUGGUGGUGAGGUAGGUGAUGGCUUCCUUUGCCCUUUACUUCAACACUCUGCAAUUUCGACAAUCUCUCACUUUAUCGUACUCUAAGCCUAACCUUUGUCGUCUCUAUCAAACUCGCGCUUCAAACAACAUCGUCACUUUCAUUUCCAUCAAAAGAAAACAAACUGCAACUCGAUACUCUUAUCUCAAUUCUCUACCUGAAACCGCUUCAUGGUUUGCCAAGACAGCUCCUUUCGCUUUUAGAGACUGCCGGGGGUCUUUGGAAGCAAAAGCUACCAUCAGUGGCAGCAGUUGCACGGUUACCGAGAAAGUGGAAAAGAAGAUGAGGAAGAGGAAACUGGAUAGGGAUAGCCCGCAAGUGAAGUUGAAGAAUGCUUUGGACAUGUGUUCUAAAAGAGGUGAUGUUAUGGGGGCGUUGUCCUUAUAUGACUCUGCAAUCUCAGAGGGUGUCAAACUGGGGCAGCACCAUUACACUGUGUUGUUGUAUCUGUGUUCUUCUGCAGCUGUCGGUGUUGUUCGACCGGCUAAAAGUGGAAGUGGUGCUAGAACUCUCAAUGCACUUGUUUCCUCCGAUGGACUUCUGAAUGAGGGGUUGAGUGGACCAAUGAACACAAAUGACUCAUCUUUUGAGUUGGAUUGCAAUGCCGCGUUAAAUUCUGAUUUGAAUUCCACUCGGAAAGAUGGGGUUUUUCUGGUGAGCGAGGAAGACAGGAGAUAUGCACUGCAGAGAGGGUUUGAGGUGUAUGAGAAUAUGUGUGUGGGUAAGGUUCAAAUGAAUGAGGCUGCGUUGACGGCUGUGGCUCGAAUGGCCAUGUCCGUGGGUGAUGGUGACAUGGCUUUUGAGAUGGUGAGACAGAUGAAUGACUUGGGGAUAAGUCCUAAGUUAAGGUCUUACGGUCCUGCUUUAUCCACAUUUUGCAAUAAUGGAGAGAUAGAUAAGGCAUUUGCUGUUGAAAAGCACAUGCUUGAGCAUGGUGUUUACCCUGAAGAGCCUGAGUUGGAGGCUCUCUUGAGGGUGAGCAUAGGAGCUGGAAAUAGUGACAGGGUUUAUUACGUGUUGCACAAAUUAAGAAGUAGUGUGAGGAAAGUAUCUCAGGCCACUGCGUCUUUGAUUCUUGAUUGGUUUAAGAGCAAGCAGGCUUCAAGAGUUGGGAAGAGAAAAUGGGAUAGGAGAUUGAUAAAGGAAGCAAUAGAAAACAAUGGUGGAGGCUGGCAUGGGCAGGGUUGGUUGGGUAAGGGGAAAUGGGAAACUUCUCAUACAACCAUUGGAAAGGAUGGAGUGUGUAAAUGCUGUGGACUGCAGUUGACCACUAUUGAUCUCGAUCCUGUUGAAACUGAACAUUUUGCCAAUUCAGUUGCAUCUAUGGCCAUGAUGAGAGAAAAAGGAUCAAACUUCCAGAAAUUUCAGAAAUGGCUUGACUACUAUGGACCUUUUGAAGCGGUGAUAGAUGCUGCAAAUGUUGGCCUUUUUGGCCAAAGUAGGUUCAUGCCACAAAAGAUCAAUGCUGUUGCCAAUGAAAUGCGCCAAAGGCUCCCUUCAAAGAAGUUUCCACUUAUUAUUUUGCAUAAUAAGCGUAUCAAGGGAGACAAAAUGGAUGAAUCGGUCAACAGGGCAUUAAUUGAUAAGUGGAAUAGUGCUGAUGCACUCUAUGCAACACCUUCUGGAUCAAAUGAUGACUGGUACUGGUUGUAUGCAACUAUAAAAUUUAAAUGCUUACUUGUUACCAAUGAUGAGAUGAGAGAUCAUCUAUUUCAACUUUUGGGAAAUGACUUUUUCCCCAAAUGGAAAGAAAGGCAUCAGGUACGCUUCAGUUUCUCUGGUGGUGGUAGUCCAGUGUUUCACAUGCCCCCUCCUUGUUCUGUUGUAAUUCAGGAAUCAGAGGAAGGCCACUGGCAUAUUCCAAUUGAAACAGAACUUGAUUAUGAAUCAGAAAGAAGAUGGUUGUGCAUUACCCGUGCUAAACUAGAGAUGGUUUCUAAAGAUUCUUCCACAUCAUUUAAAGACUCUAGACACUUGCAAAAAGGAGAAUGGGCAAGAUCAACUACUAGAAAUGCGUCUGAAAAGGAAUCACAACGUCAGAAUCUUUUCAACCACGAAGAAAAAAGGGAAACGUCUCAGGAAUUGUAUAAAAGUGUUAGAGAUAAUUUUUUAGGACCCGUAUCCUCGGAUAAUAAUAACUCUAUAUUGUCUGACAUUGAAGCUGCAGAAUCGAUUGGUGGUUGUACCAUUGAUUUUCAGAUAUAGAGUUUCAUUGUCGUGUUGAUUAUCUUGAGCUAUGCACUAGAAAUUAUCAUAGUGGUUUUGAUGAGAAGCUCCAAUAUAGUUUUAUAUUGCCGGGAGAAAUACAAAGGAUGAUAUGUAGUUCUAAAUUAUUAUCUAGAAUUAACUUCUGCAUUGUUCA